AUGAAGUACAUGGUGGACUGGCAUCCUGAGCACCGAGUUCCAAUAGUGGAUGGAAAGUUCAAAAACCCGAAUACAGGUGAAAUAGAAGAAGCCGGAGAAAUUCCCUGUUACUCCGGCCCUCCCUCGGUACACACAACAUGGGUUAACCUUGAUAUUGGGUCAAGCUUUCGGAUGUGUAGCGCCAGCUUUUGCGCUACCAUCGACGAAGUGCUUCUUGCCAUUGCCGAACACGUUAAACAAAAGGCCUAUACAAUCGAAAGCAUCAACGGCAGCCCCUACUCGAUGACAGUUGUUUGCAAGACCAGCAAGUCGCAGGCUGAAAUGGGCGAGUAUUUCAAUCAGAUGCAUCGCGAUCUCGGAAGGGAUGUGUGGGUGCCGCCAGAAGAGGAGGCGAAAUUUCGCUCUUUCGUGGAGGAAGAACAAAAGAAGGACAACCCGAGGUUUUGA